AUGCUUGAUGAAAACCUUCCAAGUAAGUCUCUCCCUUCCUUCUGGGAGGCUUCACUCGCUGACCAGACCUGCCACAAAGCCUUCUACAUCAAGCCUUCCACGGAGAGGCCAAAGCAUCAAUCCACGUAUUACUUUUGCCAGGGUGGUGAAGAACCAUCCCCCGCCUACUCCGUUCGCCAUCUCGACCCCGACCUUCCGGCCUCCAAAAACCGGUAUGCUGUAGCUCUCUACGACUCGUUUUGCCCGGACAUCCUCUACGGGGAAGUGCUUUUGAUUCCAAAAUGGACGCAGCCUUCGCUAUCGCAGGAAGCCAUCCGACAGAAUAACGGAGUCCCUCCGCCUCCCGAGCCUAUACUUCCAAAUGAGUUUAUUAUUCAACUGUAUAACCCGGAUCAGCAGGUGCUCGUGCGUUAUAAGCCGAAAUCUUGGAACUCGCCUGCAUCGUGGCAGUUUGAAAUGCCCCAGCAGACAUUUCGCCUGCCGUCGGGCUCUUCCUUGGACCGCACUAUGAGUGACCCGGCGGCUUCGGAUAUAACACCUAAACUUCGGUUUAACUGGCAAAAGGAUGGGAAAUUCUCCAAGGACCUCACAUGCUAUCUUUCCGGAAAGACGGUGGACUUUGAUGAUGCUAGAAAGCGAAGCAAGGAGCCGGAUAUUACCGUUUCCAUCUUCAAAGGACUCAAAGAAGUCACCUUAUACGAGCCAAAUCUUUACCGUGUAGAAAUGGAAGAUCAUAAGGGCCUGGAGGUCGUUUUGCUCUUGGGUGCAGUAGUCAUCCGUGAUGUCUAUUUCGGCCAUAUUAAGACCAGCUUUCAUAUCACAGAUCCCCCAAACCCCGCCGCUCUAGCAGCGCCAAAAAUAACCCCGCCUAAAGUUUCGGUGAACGGAACCACUCCCCAAAUAAAAGGUCAGAGUGGAGGACCUCAGCCGAACCAACAAGGUCCUCAUUCCAACCCUCCACGGCAAACGACAUUACCAGUACGCGAAGCACGUCCACCGCCUGCCGACCCGCGCACACAGUGGGAGAUUGACGCCGAAACGAGCCGUUUAAAACAACAAGCCGAAGCCGAAGCACGAGAACGUCGACGAAAGGAAAAAGAAGCAGAAAAACAAACAAGGAAACUUCUUGAGGCUGAAGAACGAGAAAGGAGGCGGAGAGAGGCCCAGGUGAAGGAAGAAACAGAGCGCUUAAAGAAAAUAUACGGCAAGGAGGACAAGAAGCUGCGGAAGCAAGUCUCUGGGCCACCAAGUGCUUCACGGCCGCCAGCUCCCCUGCCACCGGGACCGCCACAAUUCAACAAUGCACAUUAUCGGAAUCACUCCUCGGCUUCUACGCCUGCUCCGUCCUGGUUCGCUACACCCGCCAGGCCACAAACGACACAGCCGACGCCUCAGUUUCUCGCACCUCGUCCGCCUGCAUCCACGGCGGGAGGACUAAGGCCACCACAGCCCCAGCUAAAGGAAAGGAGAAGCAUUUUCGGGUUUCGACUGGGAGACAAAAGUACCGGGUACCAACGCCUCUCAUGGCCUUUCGGACGUCAUUGCGCUUUUUUUAUUUUCCAGCUGUUUCUGGGGUUGGGAACUUGGUAG